AUGGCCGAGCUGUUUGCAGAGGUCGCAGACCCAUAUCUGCGUCACUGUCUCAAACUGGUACAGACGACACCGACCACGUUCAUCUAUAUCGGAUCCGGUGCCAAGAUCGCCUAUCGCUGGCUCAACGUCGACGCCGAUGCCUUCCACCAGAUUGCUGCUGUGAACGGAGCUGCCACGUACACCGCAUCCUUCCCCCAACCACCCAGGCGCGCCGAGGUGCCGCUGCUGCUGCACUGCGACUUUCGCGCCGGCAUGGACAUGUGGGACCCGCUCUUCCUCGCGCAUCUGCUCAAAGCACGUCCGCUGGUCAUCUUUGACCCUUGCCACUGCGGCAGAUCCGUCUCGAACCGCGAUACGCGUCCUUACAUGGGCUCGUUCUACAAGUGGGCCAAGCACGCCGUCGCGAUAGCCGAUUCGCUCGGGAUGACCGAAUACGACGUGCUCGGCUUUGCCAUGGGUGGUGCAGCUGCCUUGCUCACGGCCUUGUAUCCGAGCCCCGCUACCACACGCGUGCGCAAGAUUGUCGCCGCAGGCACGACGGGACCCGCCAUUUCGGCACGCCUGUACGAAGAGUGUUCGCGCAGCUCCAUGUCGAUCGCCUGGCCGCGUGACGACUGGAACCUCAUGAACGCAUCACGUCUCUCGCUCAACGACGGCACCAAGCCCGAAGAGGUCAAGCAGGCUUUGAAGCAUACGUUUUUCACCGAAUCCUCCGCGGGGCAGCAGGCACUCGAAGAGCAUUGGGAUCGCAUCAACGCUUUCGCCCAGUACCGCUCCAAACUGCCCUCCGAGGCGCCCUUUAUCGGUCUGCUGGAAGACCGUCGGGAGCUGGGUCCACUCCGAUGUCAGCGUCUGGCGUGGAGGAGUUGGGAGACGUUGCCGCAGCAACGCGGAGGCACCUACACCGACCCCAUGGCCAAGAUCAACGUGCCCGUGCUUGUCAUGAACGGCAUCAACAACUCGCUCAUCCCCGCCAGCAGGAGUUGGGAGCUCAUGUGCAGGUUGCCCAAGCCAGCCUUGAACCUCUACGAAGACUCGGGCGCCGGCUUCAUCUGGCAGUACCCCGAACGUGUCGCCCGGGACAUCAACCACUUUUUGGACUACGACCACUCCAACCUGCAGCCUCAGGUGCUGCCGUCGGCUUCUUUACCCGCGCCGACGGCCCUUCCUUCGUCAGCAUCGUAUACCGCCGCGCCUGCGUCCGCCGCGCCGCCAGCAUCCGCACACACCCCGAUCGCCAACAUCGCGCAUCCGUACUUUGCAAACACACCCACAGCCCACCAGCAGUCCCACCAGCCCUACCUGCACUCCCCGCCUCCCAACUUCAAGCCCGCUGCUGAGCCCGAUCGCUUCCACAGAGCAUCCAAGCUGUAA